GCAGAAAGGACCCUCAGCUUGAGCAGUCCUACUCUCCUCCUCUUACACUCAGCAUCCAUCUGACACCAUGUGGACCCAGGACAGCACUCUGCUGCUACUGCUCGCCUGCUGCCUUUGGUCAGCCGAGGCUCAGAGCGACAGGAGACAAAGCAUCUGGGAUGAUCCCAUCAAAUUUAAAACUAAGGCCAAUGACUUGUGCUCCAUGAUCAUCACCGGUCACGGGGAAUACACCAGGCUGAGGGUGUCAUGCUAUAGUAACAAGCGCUCCUACUGGUGUGAAUACAUCGGCAAGCCUCACACCUGCCGCUCCUACAACACAAACCCUCGUCACUACUUCGUCCAGAUGACCUGGGUCCUCAGAAAGCUCCAGAACGCCUGCCAGGCCUCAAGGCAGAUCAAACCUCACAUGUGCAGGAAGGCACCCGAUGACUCUCAAAUGGUCUUUUCAUCGGCUUCCUUCACCCGGUCACCGGCAGAUGCUUCAUCUAGGACAGGAGCAAGACCUCAACCUCGUCCUGCACCCACAAAGGCAACCAUUCGAGUCCCACCACGAGUGAAAACAACUCUGAGAGCCACUCCACAACCAUCGGCCCCUCCUGUCGAGAGCAAUGCAAAGAGGAUGGCUCAGCAGUACUGCUGGAGGUCACUUCAAGGCAUUUGCUCCUACUUCAUCGGUUUGUUUCGGAACUAACGGGGAAGAUUUACAAUUCUGAUGAAGAUCACCUCAGAUGCCUGAUUAAAGGGGCCCUUGGGGGGAAUUCACAUAACCGCACUUUGUUCAUAAG